CCCCACAAGCCCUCCCUGGCGGCUGCAGCCGGCUCUGUGCGCGGCCCCAGCACACCUGUCUGCACCUGCACUCAGCUGUCUCAGAAGCAAACCCAGGGCCAGGUGUGGGCGGGGCAACUGGCCUCUCCCUGUCCUGGGGUGGGAAGGGCCUGGAGGUGGAGACCGUCCCCGGGUCACCGCCCGCUCUCCCUGGAGUGCCACCCCCAGGGCAGGGGUCGUUGGCCAGGACUCCCUGCCAGCCUGGGCGUGUGGAGUCGAGACCCGCGAGUGCCCCUGCCGCACCUGAGCAUGCGGCUCCCCCCCGUGGCCUUGUCCACACACGCUGGCCGCCCCAGGACCUGCCUGCUUGGCACAGGAGUGGCCGGUGGCAGCUGCUGUGGCGUCACUCGGUUGCCUGGCACCCACUUUGACCAGCAGUGGCUGUGCCGCCCACCCUGUGUGCUGAAGAGGUUUGGCCCACCUUGGGGCGGGGGCUGUAGCCCCCUGCAGAGGAGGGGGCCUGGGGCCCUGGCAGGGGUCCAGGCGGGAGUGGCCUCUGGGAGGGCGGGGGCUGGCUGAGCCCCGUGAGGACGGCUGUCCAGGGGGUGUGCUGGGCCUCCCGCUGCUGCCCCUCGCCAGCCCCUGGCUCCGCACGGCUGCCAGCGCUGGCCGUGUUCCAGGGAGCAGAGCCUCCUGGCCCAUGCAAGUGUGGGUGCUGCACAUGCUGAGCCUUUGUUCCCACAGCGAGGCCGCUGCGCUCCCAGCCUCACCUGCAGGGCUCAGACACGGCCCCUGCCGCAGAGGGCAGGCGGGGCUGCCAGGCUGUGUCCUGUGGGGGCCUGGCAGGACCUGGGCUGUGCCGGGACAGCACUGCGCGGCACACAGGAACACACAGACACCUGCCGAGCCCAGGGGCCCGUCACCAGCACAGGUGUACGUGGCGGGCGCAGCGCUGAGCCGGGCGGGGCAGGCCUGUGCGUCUGCGGAAGCCGAGUCGUGAGCCAGUGUCCUCGCCGCUCCGGCCGUCCCCAUGUGGCAGGACCGCUGCCUCCCUGGCCUUUCUGGGGGGCCCAGGUUCCCCCCGCAGUGCGUGUCAGCCCCUGGGCCGGGUCUGGCAGGCAGCGGCGGUGGAGGAACGUGGCCUCGGCUCACCCCAGCCUGUGUCUGGGAUCCGCUGUCUCCCACCGGUGGCCACCCGAGGGUCCUGUCCUGGUCAGCACUUCAGGGUGGAUGAGCUGCAGGACACGAUAAGGCAAAGGUGGCAGUCACAGGCCAGGCUGAAGCCAUGGAGCCCUGCCUGUCGGGAGCGUGUGUGGACAGUGGCCUGGGAGCUGCCUCCCUGUGUGGCUGCCCCGCCUUGCGCCCAUUCCCAGCCAUCCGGUGUGGCCUGGCGGGAAAGCAGCGGGUCUCUGUGGGUCCCUGCCUUGCCCUUUCUGACCCCACCCGUGGAGGGGGAGAGCUCUGGGUUUGGGGGCUGCAAGACUUCCCCCACCCCUGGCCCCAGGGUCUCCCUGUCUAGGCCCUGCCAUCACCGGUGGUCUGAGAGCACCGUGGGGGUGUUUGGGUGUCCCCAUGGUGGACCGGACGCACUGACACAAGCUUGUGCCGGGGGCCUGUGACUGACCUAGUGGGGGUCUCGGGGGACCACAGCUUCACUACCCCAGGGCUGGCCCUGCUGCGUCCUGGUACACAGUGCAGGCUCGAGGUGCAGGGGUGACCCCGGCAAGGAGCCCAUGCCGUCGGAAGGAGCUGGGGGAGGGUGGGGCACACGGUGGCUCUCGGGGAAAACAGCCCUUGCAAGGUGUCCUGGGCGGGGCUGUUGAGGGCUUGUGGAAAACCCUGGAGGACAGGGAGGCUGGAGUGGCCCCUGCUGCCAUUGGCCAGGGGGCCCGGAGGAGCCCCCACCUGCUGCCUUCAGGUGGCGCCAGGUGUCUGCCUGCUCUUGGCCCGGGGCCACUGCUCUGCAGAGCAGGCGUCCGGCCUGCUGUCACGCUGGGACCACUGUGUCCCUCCUUGUCCGAGAUACCGCCCUGGGCAGUGGUCAGGGAGGGUGGAGCCAGGGCUAGGGAGGAGGUGGGGGCUGGGCUGAGCUGUGACGUCUGAGGGGCCUCCCUUGAGCCCCUGCCUCGCUGCGGCCACAGCAGGACCAAGCUGACCAGGGACACUGUCCAUGGACGACGGAGGAGGCCUUGUCAGGAGCCCCUGCCUCUGUCUCAGCUUCUGCCUCUGGCUGGCCACCACCCUGGGACGUGGGGGACAAGCGAGUGGCCACCUGAGGCUGGCUGUGUUGCCCGAGGACCGGCUGCAAAUGAAGUGGACAGAGGUAGAGGGCAGCGGCCUGGGCUACCUGGUGCAGGUGAAGCCCUUGGCAGGGGACGCGGAGCAGGAGGUGAAGCUGACCACCAAGACCCCCAGGGCCACUGUGGGGGGCCUGAGCCCCUCCAAGGCCUAUGCCGCACAGGUGUUCCGGCUCACGGGCUCGGGGCCCGUCCUGCUGGCUCGGCGGGAGUUUGUCAUCCAGGCCCUGAGGAGCAGCUCGGUGAGCAGGGGCGUGGCCCAGGAGCCCAGCCCCACCGGCGGGGGCAGCCCAGACCCUGAGCAGCCGCGGGAGCUGGGAGGCCCCCCAAGCAAGGGUCCGCCUACGCUCGGGGGGCCCAAGUGGAGCGAGCCUGACUCCCAGUUCCGCUGCACACCCCCUACGCCCGCCGACAUCGUCCUCCUGGUGGACGGCUCCUGGAGCGUCGGCCACGUCCACUUCCAGCAGGUCAAGGCCUUCCUGGCCAGUGUCAUCGCGCCCUUUGACAUUGGGCCGGACAAGGUGCAAGUAGGCCUGACCCAGUACAGCGGAGACCCCCGCACCGAGUGGGCCCUGAACUCCUUCGGCAGCAACGAGCAGGUGCAGGACGCCAUGCGCCGCCUGCGCUACAAGGGCGGGAACACGUUCACAGGCCUCGCCCUGGCCCACCUGCUGGACCAGAACCUGAGGCCAGAGGCUGGGCUGCGUCCCGAGGCGGCCACAGUGGUGCUCCUGGUGACGGACGGCAAGUCCCAGGAUGACGUGCGUGCGGCUGCCCGCGUCCUCAGGGAGAUGGACGUUGAUGUCUUUGCCGUGGGUGUGAAGAACGCAGAUGAGGCCGAGCUGAAGCUCCUGGCGUCCCCACCGCUGGACCUCACGGUGCACAGUGUCCUGGACUUCCCGCAGCUGCGCACUCUGGCCGGCCUGCUCAGCCGCCUCAUCUGCCAGAAAGUCCAGGCCAGGGGCCUGCCCAGGGGCACAGUCCCACAGACGGCCCCGGACCCGCUCCUCGGGCCCAGUGGCCUGGUCGUGGCCCAGGUGACCUCCUCCAGCAUUCUCUUGUCCUGGACUCCAGCCGCACAGCCGCCCCUCAAGUACCUGAUCGUGUGGCGGCCUUCCAGGGGCGGGGCCCCCCAGGAGGUGGUGGUGGAGGGGCCCGCGUCCUCGGCCGAGCUGCACAACCUUGCCCCCAGCACUGAAUACCUGGUCUCCUUGCGUCCUGUCCACGAGGGCGGGGUCAGCCAGGGCCUGCAGGGCCUGGUGACCACAGCACCGCUGCCCCCGCCCCGGGCGCUGACUCCGGCUGCAGUGACACCCAGGAGCAUCCACCUCACCUGGCAGCCCUCGGCCGGGGCCACCCGCUACCUAGUGCGGUGCUCACCCACCGCCCCCAGGGGCGAGCAGGAGACUGCGAGAGAGGUGCGGGUGACGCAGCCCCAGGUGCUGCUGGACGGCCUGGAGCCAGGCAGGGACUACGAGGUGACCGUUCAGAGCCUGCGUGGGGUGGAGGCCAGUGAGGCCCAGGCAGUCCACGCCAGGACCCCUGCCCUGGAGGCCCUGAGGGACUUGGGCUUCACAGACGUGAACCACGACUCAGCACGUGUGUCCUGGGCACGCGUGUCCUGGGAGGCCCCGCCAAGGCUUAUCAGGAUCAGCUACGUCUCCAGCGAGGGCGGCCAUUCAGGCCAGGUGGAGGUCCCCGGGAACGCCACCUCGGCCACUCUGGAGGGCCUCCGCUCCUCCACCAGGUACACCGUCCACGUCAGCUGCCUCUACCCUGGGGGCAGCUCUGCCACACUGACCGGCCACGUGACCACGAAGAAGGCCCCUGGCCCCAGCCGGCUGUCGGUGACGGAGCUGCCGGGGGGUGCGGUCCAGCUGUCGUGGGCGGCUGCAGCCUCGUCCGGCGUCCGUGUCUAUCAGAUCAAGUGGACGCCCCUGGGAGAGGGCAAGGCCCACGAGCUCUCCGUCCCAGGGAACCUGGCCACCGCCGUCCUGCAGGGCCUGGGGACGCAGACAGAGCACCAGAUCAGCAUGCGGGCCUACCACAGGGACGGCGCACGCAGUGACCCCGUGUCCCUCCACUACACCCCCUCCGCAGUGAGCAGGAGCCCCCCAUCCAGCCUGGCCCUGGCCUCCGAGACCCCCAGCAGCCUGCAGGCCAGCUGGGCACCACCCCAUGGCCACGUCCUCCACUACCGGCUCUCCUAUGCGCCGGCCUCCGGCUCAGGGCCAGAGCGGUCGAUCUCUGUGCCAGGGACCAGGAACAACGCAACCCUGCAGGACCUGCUGGCUGCCACCAAGUACCGGGUCCUGGUCUCAGCCGUCUACGCGUCAGGGGACAGUGUGGCUGUGGCAGCCACGGGCCGCACUGCAGCCUGCCCCCCACUCCACACAGACGGCCUCCUGCCAGGGUUCGACCUGAUGGUGGCCUUUGGCCUGGUGGGGAAGGAGUACGCGUCCCUCCGGGGCGUGGCCAUGGAGCCCUCGGCGCUGGGCGGGACUCCAACCUUCACGCUCUUCAAGGAUGCUCAGCUGACCCGCAGGGCCAGCGACGUCCAGCUGGCCGCCCUGCCUCCGGAGCACACGGUCGUCUUCCUGGCGCGCCUGCUCCCCGAGACGCCCCGUGAGGCCUUUGCGCUGUGGCAGAUGACGGCCGAGGACCUGCAGCCAGUCCUGGGGGUGCUGCUGGACGCCGGCAGGAAGUCGCUGACCUACUUCAGCCACGACACCCGGGCCACCCUGCAGGAGGUGACCUUCGACCUGCAGGAUGUCAGGAAGAUCUUCUUCGGGAGCUUCCACAAGGUGCACGUGGCUGUGGGCCGCUCGAGGGUCAGGCUGUACGUGGACUGUCGCAAGGUGGCCGAGAGGCCCAUCGGGGAGGCAGGAAGCCCGCCGGCCAACGGCUUCAUCACCCUGGGCAGGCUGGCCAAGGCCCGGGGCCCCCGGAGCAGCUCGGCCGCGUUCCAGCUCCAGAGCCUGCAGGUCGUGUGCAGCGACACCUGGGCCGACGAGGACCGGUGCUGUGAGCUCCCCGCGGCGAGGGAUGGACAGACGUGCCCGGCUCUCCCCUCCACCUGCACCUGUUCCUCCGAGACCCCGGGGCCCCCAGGGCCCCAAGGACCUCCCGGAGAGCCGGGGCCACCUGGACAGACUGGACCUCAGGGCCCUGGAGGUCAGCAGGGGUCGCCGGGGACGCAGGGCCGCACUGUCCAGGGGCCUGUGGGUCCAGCAGGGGUCAAAGGAGAGAAGGGGGACCCUGGACUGCCCGGCUUACAGGGCCACCCUGGACCACAGGGCCCCCCCGGGAGAGUUGGCCUCCAGGGACCGAAGGGAAUGAGAGGCCUGGAAGGCACAGCUGGCCUGCCUGGCCCCCCCGGCCCCCGGGGGUUCCAGGGCUCGGUGGGGGCCAGGGGCGCCAGUGGGGAGCGAGGGCCCCCAGGGGCUGUGGGGCCCACGGGGCUGCCGGGUCCCAAAGGAGAGCGAGGAGAGAAGGGGGAUCCCCAGUCCCUCACAGCCAUCUUCCAGCUGGUGAGCCAGGCCUGCGAGUCGGCCAUCCAGGCACACGUGUUGAAGCUGAGCUCCUUCCUGCCGGAGACUGCCAGGCCCCCGAUGCCCAUCUUGGAGGAGACAGCAAGGCCGGAGGGGCCUGGGCGCCUGGGGCCCCCUGCUGUGCACAGCGAGGCCCUGCUUCCUGCAGCCCGUGCCCGUGGCCGCCGCCACUCUGUGGACAGAGGUGCCAGAGCAGGACCCUCCAUGUGCUGCCCGAGUGACCCUGCGCCAUCUGCCCUGGGCUGGGCUGGACACCGGCAGGAAGAGCCCUCGGGAAGAAGCUGAGGGGGGGCGGGGGAGAGCGGGGACCUUCCCUCUGUAGAGCUUCCAAGCCCAAUUAAACCACUGACAGCUGCCA